UCCUGUUUUCUUGGCGUGGAAUCCACAUGAAGACUCUUCAGCUCCGCGUCUCAUCGGACCAGAUCGAGCAGCUCCGCCGGAGGUUUAAGCAGCUGAGCGGAGACCAGCCCACCAUUCGCAAGGAGCACUUCAACAACGUCCCUGACCUGGAGCUCAACCCGAUCCGAUCCAAAAUCGUCCGUGCCUUCUUCGAUAACCGGAACCUGCGCAAGGGGCCCAGCGGCCUGGCCGACGAGAUCAACUUUGAGGACUUCCUAACCAUCAUGGCCUACUUCCAGCCCAUCGACGUCAUCAUGGACGAGGAGCAGGUGCAGCUGUGCCGGAAAGAGAAGCUGCGAUUUCUGUUCCACAUGUAUGACUCGGACAGCGACGGCCGCAUCACCCUGGAGGAAUAUCGAAAUGUGGUGGAGGAGCUGCUCUCGGGGAACCCGCACAUCGAGAAGGACUCGGCCCGCUCCAUCGCCGACGGGGCCAUGAUGGAGGCGGCCAGCGUCUGCAUGGGGCAGAUGGAGCCUGACCAGGUUUACGAGGGCAUCACCUUCGACGACUUCCUGAAGAUCUGGCAGGGGAUCGACAUCGAGACCAAGAUGCACGUCCGCUUCCUUAACAUGGAGACCAUGGCCCUCUGCCACUGAGCGCUCCCCGCGGAGACCGCACUUUGCACCGUGCAGCCCCCCGAGGCCUGAGCAGCUGGGCCGGGGCCCGCGGCCGCAGCUCAUCCCGCCCCCAGGACAGGGCAUGGUGUGUGGGACUUUACUGUUUUUAUCUCCAAUAAAAAAGGAACAGGGUUUGUUAAUGAA